AUGGGUUUCCUUCAGGAGUCGACGCUUGGCAAGUACGUUGCCAACAUCAGGAACUCUCCGCGCGAGCUCAUCUUGAACAAGUCGCUGCUCUGUACCGCAGCAGGCUAUGCCUGGUCCGGCUUUGCGAUCAGCUUCAGCCAGGCUUUUGGCAUCACGUCUGCCACGAACCCGACCGAGAUCUCCAACUUUGUGUCGUUUGUCUACAUUGGCGCCGGCGUGGGUGCCGGCCUGUCCUUCUUCCUCAAUGACCGGCUCGGCCGUCUUUGGUCAAUGCGGUUGUACAUGGCCAUCUACAUCAUCGGCCAGCUCAUCGCCACCGUCUCGUCUGGCAACACAGGCGCCCUCUACACUGCUCGCAUCGUCUCUGGCCUGGGCAUCGGACCCCUGACGGUCAUCGGACCCAUGACGCUCGUCGAGGUCGCCCCGACCGAGAUCCGUGGGCUCAUCGCGGUGUGGUUUAGCGUGGUCAUGCUGCUCAGCCUCUUCCUCAGCACCAUGACCGUGUACGGCGUGUUCCUCCACAUCCCCGCCGGGCCCCUCCAGUACCAGAUCAUCUUCUUUGUGCCGAUGCUGGUCAUGGCCGUCGCGAUCGGCCUGAGCUUCUUCUGCAUGCACGAGUCCCCGCGCUGGCUGUUCCUCACAGGCGACAACGAGGCGGCCGUCCGCUCUCUGGUCGCCCUCCGCGGCCUGCCGGCGGACCACCCGCGCGUGGCCGGCGAGAUCAUCGACGUCGAGGAGGACAUCAAGCACAGCGGCGGUGCCGGCAAGGGCGGCCUCCCGUUCAAGACGGUGGUCCGCGAGACGUUCCUCGUACCCGCGAACCUGCGCCGCGUCCAGCAGGCCUUUAUCUCGUACGCCCUAGCCCAGCUCAGCGGCGCCAACUCGGUAACGAGCUACCUCGUCCCGAUCCUCAGCCUGAUGGGCAUCGGCGGCGGCACGACGCAGUCGCUCUUCCUCUCGUCCAUGUACUCGCUCGCCAAGUUCUUCUACACGCUCAUCGCGUCCUUCUUCUUCAUCGACAUGCUCGGCCGCCGCAAGUCCCUCUUCAUCGGCAUCAUCACCCAGAUGCUCUCGGACGUGUACAUUGGCGUGUACAUCCGGCAGCACACGUACGCGACCGUCACGCCCGCGGCCUCGAGCGCCGCCGUGGCCGCCAUUUUCAUCCACGGCUUCGGCUACGCCGUGGGCCUGCUCGUGCUCCCCUACGUCUUCACGGGCGAGCUGUGGCCCAACCACCUGCGCUCCUUUGGCAGCGCCAUCUCCCAGUGCUUCCACUGGCUCUUCUACUUCGGCGUCAACAAGGGCACCCCCUCGAUGCUGACCAGCAUGGACAACUGGGGCGCCUUCAUCUUCUUUGCGGGCUGGUGCUUCGUCGCCGUCGUCUACAUCUUCCUCGCGGUGCCCGAGACCACGGGGCUCAGCCUCGAGUCGACCAACGCGCUGUUCGAGGGCCCCUGGUGGGAGAUCCACAGCAAGUCGCGCCGGUUCCAGAAGGAGAGGCGGGUCGCGGGGGCAGCGGCGGCACCGGUCGUGCUGGACUCGGAGGCGGCGUCGAGCAAGGAUGCAGAUGUCGAGGCUGGGGAGGAUGGGAUCACCACCAAGGCUGGGGACACUCGCGGUAGUGCUACCAGCGAGACACGCUCUGUCUGAUGGAG